CAAAGAGUGAAUAAUUACAUGGUCAAAAGGAAUCAAAGAAGUUGCCAACAGCUGGACAUUAGCUUAAAGCAUGUCCGUCAACGCCAAAUGGCUACAAGUCAUCGUAGAUGAAGACGAGCCGCGACCACGUCUAAACACCGUCACCAGCUGCAUGACAUUGUGCGAUAUUAAAUGCGACAAUUACGUACGACUGAUAGCGGCAGACAUUGCAUUGGAGGAUGAACCCACAGCGACCUUGAAAAUCUUUCGAGGCACUACGUUGCAUACCGAGUUGAAGCUCAACGGUAUACCAGCUGCUGUACAAAGCUUCUACAGCGACGAGUCGGAGCCAAAAACUCCAAUUAUUGCUGUGGCCAUCGCGGAAUCGGUGCUGUUCUUUCGAAAUAUGAAACCGUAUUUUAAAUACACAGUGCCCGGCUUGGAGGCGGAGGAGUCGGAAAGAGAUUUGUGGCUCAAAUUACCUACAGUGCGCGUAGAGCAGCAGCCGGCCUUAGUCGAAAGCUUAAGGUCCAUUGAACGCCCAAAGAUGUCAAGGAAGUCCCAAAGACUAAUACAGUUGCCACAAGAAGAACAAAAUGAAUUCAUUUUGAAAUAUGCAGAUGCAACGGUAAUGCGUCACCCGAAUAUUGUAGCACUCGGUUGCUUGGAACGUAUAUCCAGCGAUGCGAAUCCACCCUCACAUUUGGUAAUUGCCACCGAUAACGGUGAUAUAUUGGUGUUGGAACCACAAAGUUUCGGCUUGAUUUAUCAAGCAAAAACCUGUGACUACGAGACCGUGCCUUCUAUGAUUGCCGUGCAUGGCACAUACGAGACCGAUUUCCGCAUUGUAAUCGCCACACGCUACGGCGGUGUAUAUCUACUGCGUAAGUCGGUUAAGGAGGGCCAGGAGAUAUUUAAAAUAUCUCAUCCAUUUACCGGCUUAAUGUUGUUGCCAGUGGAUCAAACGAUAACGGUGUGUGCCAUGGAUUGUCGUCUCGUUUGUUAUUCGAAGAAGGGCAAACAAUUGUAUGUUAACAAACUUCCCGCGCUGCCGAUGUGUAUGAUACCGAUUACACUGCCUCAUCUAGGACUCACACUCUGCUGUGUAGCGUUGGAAGGUGGUCUGGUGCAGUUGUACUUGCAACGUUAUUUGGUCAAUGAGUUCCACAUGGUGUCAACAAUUGGUGCGAUGUGCUUCGGGCGCACCGGUCACGAAGAUUACGUGCUGAAUAUGGUUAGUGUUGAGGGUGAGAUAUUCGUGAAAAUUCUAAAGAGGACAGCUGCAUUUGAUCCCAGUGAGCUGCUUGCACUUAAGGGAAAUGUCGAAAGUAAAGCGAUGGUUGAAACGAUUUUGGAGAAGUCUAAAAAAAGUUCGAUAUUUGUGGAACAAGCGGCGAGGGAAAAACAAAAUGCCAAGACAACUUAUGGCGCAUUUCAAGCCGAGCUAUGGCGCUUACGUUACGUGGCCGCCCGUGCUACUGUCGACGCCAUCAACUCAUCGGAGAGCACAAUUUCUGGUGACAUAACUCAUGCACCUGUCAAGCUCUCUGCGGAGGUAUGUGGCAUUGGACCGGAGUUUCGACUUUAUCUAACUAUACAGAAUAUGUCGAGCUACAAAAUGGCAUCGAACUUAACUGUGCUGCUCCACGCCGAUCGUCGUCACUACACCCUAAACAAAUCAAUGGCCAAGCUGCCCAGCAUAUUGCCUGGCGUGCCGCUGAAAAUCGACUUUGAGAUUGUAGCAGUAUUGGAUCCAAAUCUUAAGUUACCACCACAUACACUGACGAUAGAUAAUUCACAAAUACGCGUUAUGCUGCUGAAAGCGCGCCAAACGAAACCACUGAUCGCCGCUGUGAUCGCCAUGCCGCAAUCGGAAGCGAAUGUUUGAAUUUUAUGUGCUGAUAAUGUGUUAGUCGGAUAACUCUUGUGCCCAAAAGUAUGUUUUAAAAGACGAUCUAUUCGAAUAAAGUGUUAUGAUUGAAUAAAUA